AUGACAAUGUGCGGAUCCCUGAUCUGGGAAGGGGAGCAGGACCGGGACCUCACCGUCGUGGGGCAGCAUUGGCCGACGUUCGUUGUCACCCACUUCCGGGAACCCCCGAUCUUGCUGCCCCAGGAUGUGGAGCGGGAGAUGCUAGCUUCCGCACCCCGCGCGCCUCGUACUCCAUCGCCACUUGCUGCUGCGGCUUUAGCUGCCGCUGAGCGGCCAGGCGUGACAUCGCAGCUCCAUGGUACAAUUGGCUCGCAAAACUGGGAGGACCGGAAGAACAAGGCUCGUGCUCCGCAUGCCUUCCUCCUGCCUUUCUAUGACACCAACAUUGGGCACUGGAUGAAGCAGCACGGUUCCAUGAACCCAUUGCAAUCCUACGAGAUGCAAUCACUGCUUCAACCAGGGGACACUGUCAUCGACGUGGGUGCCAAUCUCGGAUGCUACACGGUGCCGUUUGCAGAGCGUGUGGGCAUGGCAGGCAAGGUCAUCUCCUUCGAGCCAUUUCGUUGGCUUCGUCAAGUCGUAGCAGCCAACGUAGCUUUGAAUGGCCUGAGCAACGUGUGGCUUCCACCCGUGGGACUGAGCACAUCGCGAGGAAGCUUUGAGGCACGUCCACCGCAGCUGAAAUUCUUUUCGUCUCCUGGCGGGAUGAAGCUGCAGCAGCAGCAACAGGAUGCCAAGCCUGAAGAGGUCAUGCAGCUCUACGAUUGGGAUUCUGCACCCGAGCGCAUCACUGUUCUCAGUCUUGAUGAGGUUCUCGGACUUGUGCCGUCACCUGGUGUGGAACUGCUCGGCCUCCCUCAAGUAGAUGAUGUUCGGCUCAUCAAGAUCGAUGUGGAAGGAAUGGAAAAGGAGGUACUUGCAGGGGCCAGGAGAGUGGUACAGGCCUUCAAGCCCAUCGUUUGGACGGAGAAUGUUGCGUACUUUUCGUCGAACGGUCAGGAUGUGUCCUUUCUGCAGAUCAUGGACGAGAUGGAGUAUGCCUGCGCACAAGCACAAAAUGCUCCGAACGACAUCAUUUGCACGGACCGACACGGUCGUGGGCAUCAAAUUGUUUAA